AUUAACUUCAUAAUUAUAGGCAAGCCCACAAAAUGCAGGGCAACAAAAGGCUCAGGAAGAUGCAAAGCAGGAAGCUGAGGAACGCCGGCAGAUGAUGCUUGCUCAGAUACUGUCUUCUGAAGCUAGAGAAAGAAUCUCCCGCAUAGCUUUGGUCAAGCCUGAUAAAGCAAGAGGAGUGGAGGAUGUUCUGCUGAGAGCUGCACAAACUGGUGGAAUAUCUGAAAAGGUGUCUGAAGAAAGGCUUAUCUCACUUCUGGAGCAAAUCAACACCCACACAAGCAAACAAACCAAAGUGACGAUUCAGAGGCGUCGCUUUGACGACGAUGACUAGUUGGUAAGCUUGAUGUACUAGCGAAUGGGUGCAGUAGCGUCUGUUGCUUGAUUCAACAACCGUCAGAACCUGACAAACUAUUUGAUUGGUCUUGGGUUGUAUAUGAUCUGGAUAUUAUUUGGUGGGGUUUUUCAUUGAUAACUGUUGGAUGCGUCACUUCUACCCCUGAAACUCUCUGCGAAACCUUUGAGUUGUGGUCGAUUUAUCAAGUUCUAUCAGAUAAUGUUAGUCUGUACGAGUUCCUCCUGUGAAAUGUGAUGUCUGUCUCAGCUUUCUCCUAA